GCCCACCCUAACAAUAAUAAUGGAAAAAAAUAAAUAAAUUAAAAACCGAAAAAGAAACUUCUUCUCUACAUGGAAAAAUGUCCUAUAAAAUUCAAAACCUGUACCUCAUUACCUCGACACAACCAAACACUCCUUUCUUAAACCACAAUCACUCUUCUUUCUACAGAAUCAUGCAAACUUUCUAAAGAUCAGAAUCUCUUUUUCUUUCCCUUAUAUUAUACAUCGAUAUCAAUGCGAUAUUCUUCUUCUUUUCUCUUCUCUCAUUCUUGAAUUUCUGAUGUCAAAUAUUUGUGCCAAAAGACAGAGACAAUAUCUGAGAGGGAGAGAGAGAGAGACAUGAUGAUGGUAAUAAUGAAGCUGGUGUUGUUAGUAUUUGCAAUCUGUCGCUUGAUAGCGACAGUUGGGUUAACGUUGGACCCGACCGAGCUCCUACGUUUGGAGUUGAAAGGACAGCUCAGCCUUGAUCCAUCCGACGUUGAAACCGCUUCGGUUGACUUUGGACGGAUGCACCGAGCGGAGCCGUGGGGGGUACUUCACCCCGCAACCGGAGCCGACGUUUCCCGGUUAGUCAAAUCGGCUUACGAGUCAACUCACGGGUUCGCCGUGUCGGCUCGCGGGCACGGGCAUUCCAUCAACGGGCAGGCCAUGACCGCUAACGGGGUGGUGGUUCAAAUGAGUGAUGGUAAGCCCGGGAUGCAGAGGAAUAUUGUGGUUUCUCAGGAAUCCAUGUACGUGGAUGUAUGGGGCGGGGAGCUGUGGAUAGAUGUGCUGAGUUCCACCUUAGAGUAUGGACUCGCACCCAAAUCGUGGACCGAUUACUUGUACCUUUCCGUAGGGGGUACGUUGUCAAAUGCUGGGAUCAGCGGCCAGGCUUUCAAUCAUGGCCCUCAAAUUACCAAUGUCUUUGAGCUUGAUGUUGUUACAGGGAAGGGUGAAGAAUUGACGUGUUCAGAAGAGAGUAACUCAGAACUGUUCCAUGCCGCACUAGGUGGUCUUGGACAAUUUGGCAUCAUCACUAGGGCAAGAAUUGCCCUUGAACCAGCUCCCCAAAUGGUGAGGUGGAUUCGGGUACUAUAUUCGAAUUUCUCUGCGUUUACACAUGACCAAGAGUAUCUCAUCUCCUUGCAUGGACAUCAAGACAGCCAGAAAUUUGACUAUGUAGAAGGUUUUGUUAUCGUGGACGAAGGUCUCAUCAAUAAUUGGAGGUCUUCAUUCUUCUCUCCCAAAAACCCGGUCAAGAUUUCAUCUCUUAAUGUUAAUGGUGACGGAGGAUCAGUCUUAUACUGCUUGGAAGUCACAAAAAAUUACCGAGAAUCGGAUGCCGAUACCAUCGAUCAGGAAGUGGAGGCCCUAUUGAAGAAAUUGCAUUUUAUACCAAAUACGGUUUUCACGACGGACCUGCCUUACGUCGAUUUCCUGGACCGGGUUCACAAAGCUGAGUUGAAGCUCCGGUCCAAGGGUUUGUGGGAGGUACCACACCCUUGGUUGAAUUUGUUUGUGCCCAAAUCCCAAAUUGCAGAAUUCGACAGAGGUGUAUUCAAGGGCAUUUUGGGCAACAAAGCUAGUGGUCCGAUCUUGAUCUACCCUAUGAACAAAAACAAGUAAGUCCCUCCUACAUUCUUAAGGACACCUAAUUCAUGAAAUCUUGUGUUGUGUCAUUAACAUGAUGAGUAGCGAUAGAGAUAAUAAAUUUAUUCGCUAAAAUAAUUCGGUGGUUGAUAUAAAUUCACUAGUCAUUAAAUCAAUUAAUUGGAUGAUUUUACCACUUCUAUUAUUGUGUUGUUAUUCAUCCAUGCAACCCAAUACAAAUAAAAUAAGACGGUUGUUCUCACAUAGAAUCUUGACGUUUAGGUCAUAUGAAUUAUUGCUUCCGUAGGAAAUAUAUAUGAUCAUACACAGUGUCGAUUUUGUCAAUUAUAAUAAUUAUACCACCAAUUCAUCAAGUUUCUUGUUUGGAUAUGAUUAUUCCGGUUCCAUAAUGAUGAUAAAAAAAAAUUAUUUAAGUGAAAUGUAACUGUCGGGGUCGGUCGUGAAGUAAUUAAUAUAGAAAAUUGGGAAGUGAUCUGAACUACUAGAUUCUGUAAUCUGAUUAUGUAAUGGUUUGAUUACUUCUUUAUCGUCACUCCCUUAUCCUUAUCCUCGUGAUGACGUCCAAUUAUAUAUACUAUACAUUUUCCGAACAAAAAAAGUAAACCUAAAUCUCCGAAGACUAUGAUAUAAGCCUAGCUUAUUCAUUCAAUUGGAUCCUCAGGUUUGUUAAGGAUCCGGGAGAAAGUGAUUUAGACAAACUCUUCCUAGUACGUAACAAGUUUAGAUUUGGUCAUCAUCAUCACAAAACCCUACGUAUUAAGUAGUAACAAAGUUACAAUUCACCAGUUUAACAAUAGAAAAACAUAACAAAAGACAAAAUGAACAUUGUUAAAGUAUUAGUCACGGAAUCAUUUUACUGUCGUAUAAACCACAGUAGUGUGUAUCAUUAUAGAGAAGUCGUCUUCAUUGAUCAGUGAUUUUUGCCUGGUUUCGACACGUUGAUACGACCAUGCAAAUAAAACCAACAAUAAAGGGGGGGGGAUCAAACUGACCAAAAAUCCAGUGCCGAUGUUUAGGGCCAGCUAGGGAAGUGUUUGCAUAUGUAACAAUGAUGAAACAACGUCAAAGAUGUCGUUAUUUUUUAAUUAGUAUUCCUUUUUUUUAGCUGACUGGGAACCCAACAAAAGAAUAGAGAGAGACAAUGGCCAAACUAAGAAGAUCUUCAUGUCAGCCCGAUCUUCGUCCGUAGGAGGGGACCCCUUCAUUCUCUGUCGACAUUACCAUUUACAAACAAAAACUUGCCGUUUCUAUAGUUCAGAAUUUAUUUUGGGCUUUAAUUUAUCAAAUUACGGUAUUUUCUGUUUAAAAAUAAGAGUCCUGUUAUCGUAUUAUUAAUAAUUAGAACUUAUUUUAAUAUUUUUUUACGUAUGUGUUUUUAGGUGGGACAAUAGAACUUCAGUGGUGACGCCGGACGAAGACGUAUUUUACUUGGUGGCGUUACUUAGGUCGGCGUUGGACAACGGCGAAGAAACGCAAACGCUGGAGUACAUGAGCGAUCAGAACCGUCGGAUAUUGAAGUUUUGUAAAGAUGCUGGAAUCAAAAUGAAGCAAUACCUCCCUCAUUACACUACACAACAAGAAUGGAUUGAACAUUACGGUGAAAAAUGGACUCAAUUUUAUCGAAGAAAAAUGGAAUUUGAUCCCAGACAUAUAUUAUCAACCGGUCAACGUAUAUUCAAACCUUCUUUUAAUCCCAGCUCGGCUUCAUGGUGAUCACUGGCAAAAUAAUAGUGGUAGAAGUUAAAAAGGAAAUUUUUUUUGUGUCUGAAAAUCCAAAAUUGCCACUCUUAAUGGAAGUUGGCAAAAUCAUUAUUAUUUGAUCACUGUCGGUAGCAAUUAGUUGGGGAAAAUAUAGCUGGAUUAAAUUUGUACAAAUGGGGUAGAUAUAUAGUAUAACUAUAGGAAAUUUAUUAGUUUUUUCGUUAACUAUAAAGUUUUUGUUCUUGGGUUAAAUUUAUAUUAGCAGCAAGAUUAAUUAGCAAA